GAGCCGUGCGGGGGAGAUCACCUGACAUCUGAAUACUUUCUGAAUCGCUAAAGAAGACCACCACCAAACGUGUGCGGCCUCGGCCCCGGAAAAAGGACUUCUUGGCUUGCAGACGGAAUUCUCUCAUCGCGCAUCUCUCGUUCCCUUUCGUCCUUUCUCUCCAACGCACUCAAGUCUCCGCACUACAAGUUUGUUGCAGGAAAACGGGAAAACAGGUCUAAAAAGUUACAGCGUACCCUCCUUACCCACUUCUGAUCCUUUUCCACCCCCCUCCCCCUUUCGUUCCCUCUGAUCCCUUUUUUCUUUUGCACAUUCUCCACCACCCACACACGCAUCACAGAGCAUACAGGAUCUGGCAUCUCUUCCUUUGUUUCCAGUUUUCUUUUCACUUCUCAGGGAUAGAUCAUGGCUUGUCGUGGAUUGGCUAUGCGUCGCUUGCCUCUGGUAGCUGCUCCUUGUGCUCCUCACAUGAGCAUUGCGGCUCUCUCCGCUACUUCCGUUUCCUCAUGUCGCCAAGCUUCAGUACGGUCCUUUUCACGGCUAUCACGGUACAAUGGUGGACUUUUGGGAAGUGCUGCUGGGUUUGUGUGCUUUCCUUUCUUUCUGGUUUACGAAUAUUAAUCUCUUGUGAUACCGGGUUGGGUUGCUUAUUUUUAUUUAUUUCUCUUCUCCACGUUUAUAGGAAAUCGCAACGGUUUGUUAAUGCAUCAUCGAUCUUCAAUGCCCAAGUCCGAUCUUAUGGUUCGUUCAAAGACAAAUAUUAGAAGGGCUCAUUUAUGAGUCAAUAUAAGCUUCAGUAUACUAAUUUGAGGCAUUUUUUUUCACCAUCCGGUUCUGCAGCGGAUAGGAUUGUCAAGGUUCCCGCAAUGGCCGAGUCGAUUUCGGAGGGUACACUAAGGCAAUUCCUCAAACGUAACCAUCCUCUUGUGUGGACUUUUUAACAUUUCUACUGACAAGCGUAGAGGCUGGAGACUUUGUGCAGCAGGAUGACGAGAUUGCAGCCAUCGAGACAGAUAAAGUGGGUGUUUGCUAUUAGCGGCCUCCGGAAAGGUGCUGGUGUUGAUGUCUUUUUAGAUCGAUGUCGUUGUCACUGCUCCAGACGCAGGUACACUCACUGAAUUUUUCGUCAAGGAAGAGGAUACCGUCACCGUUGGCCAGGACCUCUUCAAACUGGAGCUCGGGGGAGAGCCGAAGGCACCAGCGGGUACUGCUCAAGAGGCCGGAAGCAAACAGGAACCUCCUGAGGAAGAUUAUGAGGAGAGCGGGUCGAUGUCAGAGACAAAGCAAGAGCCUGGUCCUCCAUCUUCUCCUGCCUCCGAACCUCCCAAGCAAGGGCUCGGCAACCGCGAAGAGAAGCGUGUGAGUGGAUACAUGGAAAGCCAGAAUGUUUGGGCAGCUGGAGGUUAUUGACUGACUCCGACCAGGUGAAAAUGAAUCGCAUGCGUCUCAGAAUUUCAGAGCGCCUGAAACAGUCCCAGAACACCGCUGCGUCCCUGACAACAUUCAACGAAGUAGACAUGUCUGCCCUCAUGGAAAUGAGGAAACUGUACAAAGACAAAGUCCUUGACAAGACUGGUACCAAGCUUGGUUUCAUGAGCGCGUUCACUCGGGCUUGUGUUCUCGCCUCGAGGGAUGUCCCGGCCGUCAACGCCUCAAUUGAGGGGCCCAACGGCGGCGAUACCAUUGUGUACCGCGACUAUGUCGAUGUUAGUGUUGCUGUUGCGACUGAGAAGGGGCUUGUUACACCCGUCGUGCGGAAUGCGGAAGCCUUGGACUUUGUGGCAAUUGAAAAGGCCAUUGCCGAACUGGGCAAGAAGGCGAGGGAUGGGAAACUCACCAUAGAGGAUAUGGCGGGUGGAACUUUCACCGUGAGCGCACCUACUUUUCCGAGGCUAUCGUCAGUUUAUACUAACGCCACUUUUCCCCCCCUUCUCAGAUCUCUAAUGGUGGUGUCUUUGGGUAUGAACUACGCUUCCGACAACAAGAAAUUAGGCUUUCUGACCCGUUGUGACAGCUCCCUUUACGGUACUCCCAUCAUUAAUCUUCCACAAACCGCUGUUUUGGGGCUUCACGCCAUCAAAGACAGGCCUAUUGCCGUUAACGGGAUAGUCGAGAUAAGACCGGUACGGACAGCCAUCCUAAGAUUUCCUAAACACGUGCUGACAGCCUCAACAGAUGAUGUACCUCGCCCUCACCUACGAUCACCGCCUCCUCGACGGCCGCGAGGCAGUCACCUUCCUAGUAAAGGUCAAGGAUUACAUCGAGGAUCCCCGCCGCAUGCUGUUGGGUGUUUAA